GAAAAUAAAUUAUAGAAAUUGCACUUGCCCCCCUUUUCUUUGGUUUUUUUCCCAAUUCGUCCAACAAAGGAAAAUUAUCUGCAUUUUACCCCCAUGUCGAAAGCAAACCCAAAGACCACCUGCGGAUGAGUACAAAAUUUCAGACGCAGCAAAUCAGUGUAAAUAAUCAAGAAUCAUGAAGAACUAGAUAAUUUGAUGAAGAAAUGGCGAACCCCAGAAGGACAUCGUAUUCAUCGAACCCGCUACCGAUUUCAGACCCGACUCCACAAUUCCAAUCCCCAUCCCAAAACCCACAGACAGCAGCAACCCUCUUAACCUCGCUCAAAGUUUUCCUCAAAAAACCGCAUGCAUUCCCUUUUCUCCUGUCCAUUUUCCUUCUUCUCACAUGGGUUUCUCUUAGAUUUCAACACCGUUACGCCAAUCCUGCGUUUCACCAAUCGUCAUAUACUGUGAAUGAGAAAAAUGGCGGUUAUGUUAAGGAUCCGAAUGCCAAUGUUGUGAAAUUCUCCGCUUUUUCUUCUCUUGUAAUGAAGGAUAAGCGUGGCUGGUUGAUUAAUCCCGUGUCACUUGCGCUGGAUGCUGAUGUUCCAGGAGGAGCGGUUUCUUGUGCUUCAGUUCAUUUGGGUGAGAUCCGACCUGGAACAGUGAGGGGAAACCACAGACACCACACUUGUAAUGAGACAUUUGUAAUAUGGGGUGCUAAAACUGUGUUCAGGCUGGAGAACAAUGCAGUGAAAAGAGGAUACUCUGAGGUAACAAUUGGAGCAGAUGAAGUUGCAGUUGCAGCUAGUCCUAGCGGCACUGCGCAUGCUUUGGUGAAUAUAGAUGCCAUACGGACCACAUUUUUCUUGGGGUGCCAGGACAGUGUAAUGAAUAACAGCUCAACUACUGACUAUAAAAUUUGGAACAAUCUAUAGUUCAUCUAGUUGUUUCUUCUGGGUGGAAUUCAGCUUGUAGGGAGAGAUAAGAUGAUGAAUCUCGCCGGUGGGCGUAGUUUUCCGUCAAUACACUUCUCUUUCAUUCAUAGUGUAAAAUUAGCACAAAAUUGCAUGUAUAUAUCAGAUACAGCUAUUCAUUUUCCAUCAUAUUUGUGUGAAUCAUGCAAGUAAAUGACCCCUUUUUUCCAGUUAA